UUAUUUUUCAGGUAUCUGUUUGUUUUUGCGUCUCCGUUAUUGAAAAAAAAUGACUGUCGAAAUGCUGCCUUCGAAAUUGUCCGGCAAAAUGGAAAAGUCAUUCGCGUAUGAGACUCUGAGAUUGCGCCUUCCAGACAUAAUCACCAAGAUAAUCGACCAUGUACACAGGUCCUGGAGCGGUUUCGACAAGGCGGCGAGAGAGGACAGUUCGGAUGUGAUCAAUAGACUGGGUUCCCUCAAGUACGACCUGGAACACAACCGGGCACUGAACAGUGUGUGUGACGGCAGACCAGACAAUGCAGUGUGGAAUGAGAUUCUGAGAGAGGAGACUGAAGCGAACAAAGGCACCCCUCCCUCCUUCUUCCACACUGCCUGGCUCUACAGCGAGUGCUACAUCUACCGCAAGAUAGCAGAGGCAUUCGCAUUCAGUGCUUCACUGAGGAGCUUCGACUGGUUUGGCCAGCAGAAAAGCAGAGCAUACCAGGAGUCACUGGCAGCCUCAUGUCUAUUGGCAGAGUGUGUGGUGAACAUGGUCUCAGAUGACCAGCAGCCAAACCAAACCCAUCUCUCAAAACUACUCAAGAUGAGUCUGUGGGGCAACAAGUGUGACCUGUCCAUCUCGGGUGGGGUGUCCAACUCACAGAAGGAGGACCCCCUCAGCCAGAUCGAGUGUCUGGAUGAGAACGUGCUGCUGGACGACAGUGCACAAGUGUGGCAACUACUGUCUCAGGAGCGAGCGAGUGGAGAUAGUGUUGUUUGCGUGGACAUAGUUCUGGACAACUCUGGCUAUGAGUUGGUGACUGAUCUGGUGCUGUGUUAUUACCUGUUGAAACAGUGGCCCGACCUUCGUGUCAUUCUCCACUGCAAACAGCUUCCCUGGUUUGUUAGUGACGCCACUCUACACGACGUACACGCUACUCUAUACCGCAUGGCUUCUUCAUCAGCAUCAUCGUCAACGUCACACACACAACUGCAGCAGGUGGCUUCCUAUCUGCAACAUCAAUUGUUCAUCACCCAUAGACUCUCUCUAAGUGCAGACAUGUUCUGGACUCUUCCCUGCAGUAUAGAACAGAUGCACAAGUAUGACCCGUACCUGUUUCGCCAGCUGGAACACAACAGCAAUCUGCUACUGUUCAAGGGAGACCUCAACUACCGCAAGAUCAGCCAGGACAGAGACUGGAUCCCCACCCAUACCUUCUCGCCCCCCUUCCCAGUGCCCCUGUGUGCAGUGCGCACUCUCAAGGCAGACACCGUGUUCGGACUGAGUGAGGAGAAAGUGAAAUGGGCCACAGAUCGAGACACCCGCUGGAUGCUGAGUGCCAACUUCGGCGUCAUCCACUUCAUGCAGCCACACAAACACAUUGCAGAUAACGAGACCGACGCUACUUGAUGUGUUUCAGUUACUCAUGUGCAACUGUUUUGCUGUCGUAGUUAGAGUGUCGUCUAUAUCUCAAGCUCUACCUGACACAGGGGACCGUGUUGUAUUCUAGCAUCAUCUCCACCAAAUUGGUCUGGACCUCUCAAAAUUGUGAGGGAAUUUUGAGCUAACUGAGCGAUGCUGGGUCGUUAUCGUUUGUCGUCGCUUCGUUAUCUAAUUUCAACACUCCAUCAUAUAUAUUCGCUUGAUUAUCAAUCAUAUCUUGUUAAACAAAUUCGAAUAAAAUUAUUCAGGUUAUGUGCUCGUGUUGAGGCAAAUAGAUUACUCUAUGCCCGUUGGUUCUGAUAAAUGGCUUUUCAUAUUUUCACUAGAAGCUAUAUUUAUGUUGAAGGCUAAUUGGAACCUUCGUUUCAGGUUUAUAAGUUAUUUUACAAUUAUUUACAACGACUAGCUAGCGAGCGUAAUGUUAUAUUACGAAUUCAUAUAUCUGACAUGCAAAUGAAAGUGUUCACUUGGUGAAAUUUUUUUGCA